CUUUUUGACGUUUCUCAACACGUGGACCUAACCUAAAACGGUGAUGGUUUCAAAAUAGCCCAAUUUCGUCAAAAAUCCGCGUAUUGUGUUACAAAAUGGCCUCCCAACCCGAAGUUAACAUCGACACCGAGCACUUCGAGCCGAAGAAGGCCCCCAAGCGGAGAAAUGACUCGCUCGGAGACAGCCCCAUGGACGUGGUCACUCACAACGGAAUCGAGGGAAAAGUCCGGAACAAACCCAAACACAAAAGAAUCAGAACAAAGUCAUACUCGGAAACCAAGGAUAACAUGCGGAAAGUCCCAGUCCCGGCCCACCGAUACACCCCCUUGAAGGAGAACUGGCUGAAAAUCUUCACCCCCAUUGUGGAGCACUUGAAACUGCAAGUGAGAUUCAACCUAAAGACGCGCAACGUUGAGGUGAAAACGUGCGACGAGACGGACGAUAUCGGGAAUUUGCAGAAAGCCGCCGAUUUUGUUAAAGCUUUUGUAUACGGUUUUGACGUCGAUGACGCUUUGGCUUUGAUGCGUUUGGAUGAUUUGUUCAUCGAGACUUUUGAAAUUAAAGACGUGAAGACACUCAAAGGUGACCACCAGUCCAGGGCCAUUGGUAGACUCGCCGGCAAAGGGGGCCGCACGAAAUUCACCAUUGAAAACGUCACGAAGACUAGGAUAGUCCUAGCAGACAGUAAAAUCCACAUUUUGGGGAGUUUCCAGAACAUUCAACUCGCCAGGAGAGCGAUCUGUAACUUAAUUCUAGGAUCACCACCGUCAAAGGUUUACGGGCAAUUGCGAAACAUCGCGUCUAGAGUGUCAGAACGAAUGUAGAUAAUCUUUAUUUAAUAAAUCAUUUCUUGAAAAAUUUCAAAUAU